AUGUCUUUGAGUAUUUAUGGAAAUCGUGAAAAUGGGCAAGAUGUAAGAACAGCAAAUGUGACUGCGGUUCAAGCCCUUUCAAAUAUUUUAAAAUCAAGUUUAGGACCCCAAGGGUUAGAUAAAAUGUUAGUAGAUAAUAUUGGUGAUGUUACUAUAACAAAUGAUGGAGCAACUAUUUUAAAACAAUUAGAAAUUCAACAUCCAGCUGCAAAAAUAUUAGUAAAUUUAUCUGAAUUACAAGAUCAAGAAGUAGGAGAUGGUACAACAUCAGUAGUAUUAUUAGCAUCUGAAUUGUUAAGAAGAGGAAAUGAACUCAUAAAGAUGGAUAUCCAUCCAACUACAGUUAUAUGUGGUUAUAAACUAGCCAUGAAAGAAUCGGUAAAAUAUAUAAAAGAAAAAUUAAGUGAAAGAGUUACGAAUUUAGGAAAAGAUGUUAUAACAAAUAUAGCAAAAACAACUUUAUCUUCUAAAUUUAUUAGUUAUGAAUCAGAAUAUUUUGCUAAAAUGGUUUCUAACGCUAUUCAAUCAGUAAAAAUUAUUAACGAUUCAGGUAAAACAAAAUAUCCUGUUUCUUCAGUUAAUAUAUUAAAAGUUCAUGGUUUAAGUUCUUUAGAUUCAAAAUUAAUAGAUGGUUAUGCAAUUAUGAGUGGACGAGCUUCUCAAUCAAUGCCUUCCGCUAUAAAAAAUGCGAAGAUCGCUUUCUUAGAUUUUCCAUUAAAACAAUAUAGAUUACAUCUAGGUGUUCAGGUAAAUAUAAACGAUCCAAAUGAAUUAGAAAAAAUCAGACAAAGAGAAAAAGACAUAACAAAAGAAAGAGUUAAUAAAAUAUUAGAGUCAGGAGCAAAUGUUAUAUUAACAACACAAGGAAUAGAUGAUAUGCCAUUAAAAUAUUUUGUCGAAGCUGGAGCAAUAGCAGUUAGAAGAAUAAAAAAAGAUGAUUUAAAAAGAAUAGCCAAAUUAACAAAUGGCCAAAUACGUUUAACAUUAUCAUCUAUUGAUGGAACAGAAAAAUUUGAACCCGCAUCUUUAGGUUAUUGUGAUGAAGUUUAUGAAGAAAAAGUUGGUGAUUGGGAUGUUAUGUUUUUCAAAGGAUGCAAAAAUUCAAAAUCUAAUACUAUAUUAUUAAGAGGUGCAAAUGAUUUUGUUUUGGAUGAAAUGGAAAGGUCUAUACAUGAUGCAUUAUGUUCAGUUAGUAGAGCAUUAGAAAGUAAUUAUGUAGUUGUAGGAGGUGGAUGUGUAGAAGUUGCAUUAUCUGUAUAUUUAGAAGAUUUUGCAAAAACAUUAGGUUCAAGAGAGCAGCUAGCUAUUGCUGAAUUUGCAGAAUCAUUGUUAAUAAUACCUAAAAUAUUAGCAUUAAAUGCAUCAUAUGAUUCAAUUGAUUUAGUUUGUAAAUUAAGAGCCUAUCAUACUAAAUCUCAAGUUAUGAAUACUGAUGAGCCAAAAGAUUAUAGAUGGUAUGGUUUAGAUUUAGUAAAUGGAAAAGUUGCAAAUAAUUUAAAAAAUGGAGUUCUAGAAGCUAUGAUUAGCAAAAUAAAAUCAAUCAGAUUUGCAACAGAAGCAACUAUUACAAUAUUAAGAAUUGAUGAUUUGAUAAAGCUAGUUCCUGAAGAGCCUAAACAAGAAGAGCCUUAA